CAUGUGCCGCGCCACAAUGCAAUGUUAGCUACCAAAGUUGCUAGCUUAUCAUUUCACAAUAAUGUUAUUAAUGCAUAAAUUAAGGGAUUAUAAAUCAGAAAAGCAGUCAGUGAGUCAUUCUGAACACAGCAUUGGCAACAUGAGGAUGAAGGUCUUUUUUAAUCCAAGAGGCAUCUGCAAGAGGAAAGGUACUAGUAUAAAAGGACUGCUUGGUGCUGAAUAGGCUCUCACUCAACAGCAGCAGGUGAAGACCAGAGGAUAUAGUCACCAUGGUUACUCAAACAAAGUCUUGUGUAGCAUCCCUUCUGCUGGUAUCAAUACUUGUUCAGAUAGGAGAUUUGUAUCCCAACAACGAGAUGGCAUCCAGCUGUGAGGAGUGUAAACUGAAAGAGAACCCCAUCUUUUCCAAGCCCGGGGCUCCAGUCUAUCAGUGCAUGGGAUGCUGCUUCUCAAGAGCAUAUCCUACUCCUCUGAGAUCCAAGGGAACAAUGCUCGUGCCAAAAAACAUCACCUCUGAGGCAACAUGCUGUGUGGCCAGAGAAUUUAAAUCGGUGACAUUUUAUGAUGUGAAGCUGCAGAACCACACAGACUGCCACUGCAGCACAUGCUACUAUCACAAGGCUUAGGAAAUGUGUAUGAGAAACAUUGUCUCAGUGCAAGCAAAUAAAUGCCUUAAAUGCUCCAUGUCCUUGCCAACGUAAUUAUUUGUAGUUCACAUUGCUUUCCCCUUAAUUAAAUGUAUUCAUUUGGAUUUUGCCCUGGUUGUUUUAACUUAAUAAAAGGUAGACUUAAAUGUGCAUA